AUGUCUGGCCCCGUUGCUUCGAAUCUGGUGCUGCUGAGUGACUUGCCCGCAUGUGCGCAGGGCACCAAAGUCCGCUUUCUGGGCUGCAUCGAUGAGUACGUCACUAAGACCGCGACACUGCGGCUCAAGCACAACUAUCCGAUAUCUGAUCCGCCCGUCAUCGCGAAUCUCGAUAUCGAACAUGUGCUCGAGCGAAUCAAGGAACUCAACGUAGACGUGGGGACGUGGCUCAAUAUCAUCGGCUAUGUCGAGCGCAGGAAGGAGAAGGGCGUCUUCGUACAAGCCGUCACCGUCUGGAACGCUGGCAACGUCGACCUCAAGGCGUAUGAGAAAGCAGUCGAGGCGCGCAAAGCUGCUGCUUGA